GCUUCUAUGGUUGUGACGAUUGUUUUUGAACCCAAGUAUGACCGCGUGGUGCGAUAAUAAUAGUUCCUGAAUUAGCUUGUAUGUUUAUCUUCCGAUAGAAGCCUCCAUGGUGUUGAUUAAUGCCAUCGUGCAUGACGUUUGUUCACACUUGUUUGUGCCACCCAUGAUAGUUGACAGGUCGAUUUCAAAUGUUAUAAUAUCUUGCGAUCGGGGACGCAGGUAGAAUACUGAUAGCCGGUUACAAACUCCAAAAGUCUCAAGCGGCGAUAACCGCAUGAGUAGAUGAUAUAUCUAUUUGUUAACAAUAUUCAUUAAACGAGCCAUCAAAUCGAUCACCGAGAAUACACCUCCUGCAUAAGAUAUGGAAGUUUAACUACUUGGACAUAAUAAUCACUUUUUCGCGAGUGCAAAUACCUGCGAUGAUCGGCAAACUAUUAUUGGCCAGUUGGAUACUUCAAUGUCUUCGAGGUCUUCACGGAGAUCCAGCGACGGGUGCGAAGUGGCCCACGGCCCUGGAAGAGGCAUACGACGAGCGAAACGACCAAGAGAUAUUCCAAGCAGUGAUACAAUCGAUGCGAGAAUGGGAGGCACACAAGAAACACAACCGUCGAUUGAAGCGGGACGUCUCCAGGGUUUGCUACGAGGAUGUGGGUUGCUUCGAAGACACAGGACCAUUCGGUUACCUGGAAAUGUUACCAUCGCCUCCCAAGGACGUCGGAACCAGAUUUUUGGUCUACGGUAGCAGAAAGGCGAGGUCCAUUCCAAUGGAUGUUCCCGCUGAAGAGAUAGCUGACAAGGCAUUCCAGGCCAUCGAUCCCGAACUCCCAACCAAAGUCAUCGUCCAUGGUUUCGGCUCCAGCUGUGACCACGUAUGGGUAUACGAAAUGAGGUCUGCUCUCAUGUCCGUUCACGAAUGUAACAUAGUAUGUGUAGACUGGGGUCCAGGUAGUGCUGUGCCAAACUACGUGAGAGCCGCCGCAAAUACGCGGCUCGUUGGUCGUCAGUUAGCGAAGUUGGUGCGCAAGCUAAACGUUCCAUUGGAACGUGUCCACCUGAUCGGUUUCAGCCUGGGAGCUCACGUAGCCGGGUUCGCUGGAGCAGAACUUGGCAACGUUUCUCGGAUCACGGGCCUUGAUCCGGCUGGGCCCCUCUUCGAGGCUCAGGAUCCAAGGGCCAGACUCGAUGCCACUGAUGCUAGCUUCGUAGACGUCAUUCACAGCAACGGUGAGCAACUCAUACUCGGUGGAUUGGGAUCAUGGCAGCCGAUGGGCGACGUCGACUUCUAUCCUAAUGGCGGUCGGAUGCAGACAGGAUGCUCGAACCUUUUUCUGGGCGCCGUUUCCGACAUCAUUUGGUCCAGUGCGGUGGAGGGGAGAUCGUUGUGCAACCACAGACGAGCUUACAAGCUCUUCACGGACUCAGUGAGCCCCCGAUGUCGGUUUCCGGCAUUUCCUUGUGACCACGGCUACGACGGUCUUAUCCGUGGCGAUUGCUUCCCUUGCGGAGUAAACGGCGCAGAAAAGCCAUGCGGGGACAUGGGGUAUUACAGCGACGAGUCGACUGCCCGUGGCCAACUCUACUUGGUCACUAGGGAUGAGGAACCCUUCUGCGCACAUCAGUAUCAGAUCAAGCUGUACAACAGCCGAGGGGAAAGACCGGCGAGAAGCUAUGGAAAGCUUCAAAUUUCUCUCAUCGGUCAGGGCGCCCUUAACGAAACGUUCACCAUGACUCGUAAGGACGAUGAGGAACUUCUGAUCGGGGCGAUUCUACAGAAGAUCGUCGUUCCUCACCCAGUCGUUUCCGAUUUGGAAGCCAUAGAGGUAAAAUACACGGCGUACAGUGGCUGGAUAUCUUCGGGUUUGGUCUCCUGGAGCAUAGAUAAGGUGUCAAUAGUCGACAGUUUCGGGAACAGUCUUUCGGUCUGCAGGCGAGGAUUGAUAUUAGAAUCGGGCCAUCCGGUGUACCUGCCGUUGUACCCAGGUGAAUGCAACAUCCCGGCGGAGCCGGAAACCACGGCGAUGCCACAGACGACUCCGUACGUAGAUCAACCGUUUGCCCUGGACAAACAGGGAGGAAUCGGGCCCUUCACGAAGGAUCAAAAUUUCGAGAAAGACGCGUUUCUGGCCGAGGUUAUCAGCGAAGAGUUGCAAACUCGACCGCAGAAGAAGGGGCUGGGCCCCUUCACCAAGGAUCAAAACCCGAAGCCCUUCGACAAGGAGGCUUACGCGCGUCAGGAUAUCUUCAGCAACGCCAAGAAAGUCUUCGGCAAUGACAUAGCUUCGUCAGAGAGCUCAUCGCAGACGGCGAACCCGUGGACGGUGGCCGACCUCACCGACGGGGAUUCGAAUUCCCUCGAGAACAGUGAGGUGGAAAGCGGUCGUGGUUUUUCAGAAAGCACGUCUCUGCAGAUGGCGAUAACGGCAACGAACAGCCCGAGGUCGUCGGAGCAGCCGACCACGGAUUUAUACGGUGAAAUACGUGAACCGGUGUUGAAGCUCUUCGGCAAGGAGACCGGAAGGUCGUUGAAGCUGCCGGAAAUAACGGAACCGAUACUGCGCCCGCGACCAGCGAGACAGAACGAGAAAAGCAAUGGAAUCCGGCGCAGUGGGAGGGGAAAACGGCCCUCGGAUCCGGUCAAGGACACAGCUCCGAGAAGUUUCACGGUUCAAUUUCUCCCGGAAAGAUUGGCGGGGAUUUUGGCUCAUGCCGAGAGGUACGCAAGGCAGACACUGCUGCCUCUGAUAUCCCAGUACACUCCAAGCUUCGUCGGUGGGCCAAGAUAUAAUCAGCCAACGUACUUCCCGCCGUUGGGUGACAUCGUUAACGAAAGCUUAGAGGACUCCAACUCCAGGGAAAUCGUUAAUUCCGAACGGACCUCCUCAUCGGCUGAAGACGACUCGAACGAAGAAGAAGACUCGUCAAUGGUGGACAAUUCCAGGGCUGGAAAGACGCUGGAAACCGAAGAGGUGGUUUUCGGUAGCAGUCGGGAGAGUCUGAGUUCCUCGGAGCACUUGACUUCGGACUCCGCGGAGACCGAAAUAAUGGACCAAAGUCUUGAGAACCUGAAAGUCGUAGCUAAUCUCACAGAAGGUAGCCCCGAAAACGCGACUUCUGGUAGCCAGGAGACGGAGGGCAGAUGGCUGACUGAAGAAGGCUCCUCCUGGUCCAAGGAAGACGCCGGGGCUGGACCAGAGACAAAGAUCGACGAUUGGGUACCAAUAGUGCCAGCGGACAAGGAGGAGCUGGAAAAACCGGAAGUCAACGUGACGCCGUCCGUGGUGGAGGGUAACGACAACCGGAAGUUCAUCCCUCUUCUUGACUUCGCUAACCCUGACGAGUACUUUGUUUCCUCGACGUCAAGGAGCGUCGGCGACCUUGCGAAGAACUCGACGGCGGAAGACGUGCGUCUCAACGACUCCACGACGACCCAACGUUCGUCACACAUCCAGAAGAUACCCAGCAAGACCAGCGACCUCAAGGAGGGGAAGAAAACACCAAAGUCUAUUAUAACCACAGUAUUUCCGUACAUUUAUGAGAGGAAAAACGAUCCCAGGACAAGAUACAUACCGCUUCUUCCUGAGGAGGAUAUGCGGCCUUCCGGUCUCGGAUAGUUUUCAAUACUUAUAAUCAGGAUGUAUGUGGACAUUAGUUGAAAAAUUUCAGAUAUCCUGCAUUGCUUCCAGGCUAAUGUUUAUAAAGAUUAUUCAGAGUCAUUCCAAGUCUCAUUUUCUCUUAUUCUGAAGUUCUGCUUCCGUUAAACGAGUUAAGGGUAUGGG